AACAUCAUUGAAGUCGUUCUCGCCUCGCCUUUUCUAGGCUGAGCCAAACUGCAAACGCUAUGCGGCUUCUCUACUUUGAUGCGCUGGAAAGGCCCGUUUUGACAAAUUUCCGCGGCAAAACGAUCCCGCCCUACGCUAUUCUAUCGCACAGAUGGAGCGACUCCGAGAUCCUAAUCGAAGACAUAUUGAGUGGAGCCUAUAAGGAGAAGGAAGAAGGCUGUCGAAAGCUCUAG